AUGCCUGGUGGACGUGGUCGCGGUGGCCCUAUGCCUCGAGAAGUCCAAGUCUCAAAGGCACUGAGCAAACUGCUUCGUCACAGUGCUGAAAAGGAAGGUCUCCAAUUAGAUGCAGCAGGUUAUAUCAACCUCAAAGACGUGGUAGGUCGCCUCCAUGAUAUCUGUCUUGAAUUUCCCAAAAUUUACUACAUGCUCGCUCGUUCCCGAGCUGCUAUCAAUCUCACCUGCUUACAUUCCUUCCCAUGCUCUGACUCUGACGCUAUACAGUUGAAUAACCAAAAGGUUCGCGGUCUCAAAGCUACUCUUGACGAGGUCAAGCAAAUCGUCGCGGAGAACGACAAACAACGCUUCUCUCUAAUUUACAAAUCCGCCGCUACUUCAGCAACAAGCGUUCCAGCCGACGAUGCAGCAACAUCCACAACUUCAGAUAUUCCCAGUCAACUUCCAGAGUCUGAUGAUCCUGCCGACUACCUGAUCCGUGCAAAUCAAGGACAUUCCUUGGAGAUUGCAUCUGAGAAUCUCCUUACUCCCAUCACCGAGGAGAAUCUUCCUUCCACGGUUGUGCACGGAACCACUCAUGCCGCAUGGCCUCAGAUUGUGGCCACUGGCGGUCUCAAGAAGAUGGCGCGCACUCAUGUUCAUUUUGCCUCUGGCCUNCCCGCCGGCUUCAAGUCCGAGGACAAGGACGCAAGCAACGCACCCGUUAUCUCUGGCAUGCGCAACUCAUCUUCGAUUCUAGUCUAUGUGGAUAUCAANAAAGCCAUGGAAGCCGGAAUCAAGUUCUGGAAGUCUGAGAACGGUGUCAUUCUGAGUGAAGGAGACGACAAGGGCGUGAUCGGUCUGCAGUUCUUCAGCAGAGCCGAAGAUCGCACUGGUGGACAAGGAGUUCUGGUUGAGAAUGGUGUUGUCCUGAAAGAAGCCCCAGAGUCAUGGACCAAACCAAAGAAAGUCAACAAGCCAAGGAAGCAGCAAGACGGCAAGAAAGAUCAGGCGGACCAGAAGCCAAUGUCAACAUAA